AUGCAGUGUAAAGUCCUCGUCCAUAUCGCCCUCCUGACUCUCAUAAAGCAUGUGUCUCCAAGUGAAAUACAGGCCAGCCCAAAUACAAAUGCAACCCUACCCUGCAAUGUGACCUUCCCUGUCUCUAUAAAGGGGGACAAAAUAGACAAGUCUCUUUUCAAAGUCAGCUGGAUGAGUAACGGCUCUGACAUCGCCUCGUUCACUAAAGCAGUGACACAAAUCCAGGAAGGCUUCAGUUGGGACACCAGAGACUUCGUCAAUGGGGACUUUUCACUGACUGUCCUCAGAGCCAGUCUCGGCCUGCAGGGGGUAUAUGAAUGCAAAGUCAGCUACAACGCCACAAUGCUGCACUCCAGUAAUGUUACAUUUAGCAUCCUUGCUGCCCCCACUCUGUCAGUCCCUCAGCAGUGGGUGGUGUUGGAAACAGAGAGUCAGCUUAAAUGCCAUGCAGAGGGUUUCUACCCUCCUCCUGUCUCUUUCUCUUGGACCAGAGAUGGCCAAGUGAUUCGGCCUCCCGACCUUGUUGAAGCUGAACAGACUCCAAAUGGGUACUACAUGGCUGUGGGCAACCUGACCUUCUACCCUUCCCGUGAGGACCAGAAUGUGACCUUUGGCUGCAAAGUGACACACAACGGCAGCUAUCAGGAGCUGGAUUUCCAACUCAAUGUCACCUAUCUCCCUUCUGUCAGACUUUCCGAUCUGCCCUCGCACUCUUCCAACAUUCCUCUCACUCUUUACUGUGACGUGGAGAAUUUCUACCCGAAGGAAGUGUCUGUGUCCUGGCUUCAAAAUGGCACAGUCCUCCCUGAGCCCCCCGCCACGGAGCAGAACCCAGAUGGGACCUACAGAACCAGACGUUAUUAUACUUUGAGCACUGAAGAGAGGGAUCAAGGCGGGAAGGUGGAGUGUGUGGUAAACCAACCUGGAGUUAAGCACCCAGUCAGUGACACAGCAUAUCUGGAGAAACUGGAUCCCCAACAUGAGCAACCGGUUUUGACUAAAUCAGCCAAAGCAUCGGUGGCUCUGAUGUGCAUUUCUCUGGUAUUGGUCUUCCUGCUCUGCUUUGGCUUUUCUUGGAGGAGGAGGGAUGAGAAACAGAAGUCUCUGAAUGUGUCGGGGAUCAUCCUCCCUCCACGCGUGACCGUAGGUCAAAAGGGCAGGGUGACACUGAGCAUUGAGGGCAGGAGGGUGGACCGAGUCCAGACCGCAUGGUUCCUCAAUGACAGCCCUAUCUCGGACACUUCACUCACAGUGUCAGAGAAAGGUCCUCUGCUGCCCCGCAGAGGCGAGAUGGGUUACUACAAGCUGCGCACCCAGGGGCCGCUGCUCUCCUCUGGAAAUGGCACUCAGCAGCUGAUCUCCUCACUCACCUUCAUUCCCCAGAUUUCAGUCCACAAGGGGGCCGUGUUUAAGUGUCAGGUGUUCUACAUGGGCAAAGAUAAGAUUGUGGCGGAGAGGGUGUCAGAGAAGUUCACAAUCCUGUUUGAAUGUAAAUUUAUAUACAUACAAAACAUUCCUGGUUGUGAGAGUCUACAUUCCCAUAAUUUCUGUCUUCCAGAAGUCAUCAGCAUGACAGUACGGGCAUCACAUUUCCAUCCAGACGUCAUUACUUUCCGCUGGUUCUGCCAGGGGGGAGAGCUGAGCCCUGUGGCCUCCCAGGCUUCAUCCUCCCCUCGACCCAAUUCUGAAGGCUUCUUCUCAGCCUUCAGCCAGUGUAAACUUCCUCGCAGUGAACUGGAAAAGGGAGGCACAAAAGUGUGGGUCAGUGUCCACCACAUCGCCCUGAAACAGCCAGUCACCCGUGAGACCAGAGGCUUCAUCAAGAGGCCGUGUGUUUCCGAAAUCGUCGCCUCCACUUCUUCCCCCGACCAAACUUUGACCCUCGGGUGCGAAAUCGCAGACUUCUACCCUUCGAAUGUAUCCGUCACCUGGCUGAAGCUCAGAGAGGGAGAGCGAGAUGACAGAGAGGAGGAGGUGAUACAGGGAGGAGAGAUGUGGGGCCCCAUACAGACUCAUUCCACACUCUACAGGGCCACAGCCACUCUGAAGACAUGGGCAACCAAUCAGGAGAAAAAGGAGAAAGGGGGAGGGAUUAUUUGCAGAGUGCAGCACUGUUCCCUGCUUGAGCCCAUUGAGAGACACUGGAGAAAUGUUGACAUUGAAACAAAAGUUGCUGUCACAGACCCUGACGCUGAAGGAAUAGAAUACAUCGAUGAAAAGGUGGAUGGAGAGAACAACAACAUUGACAGGGAUGAGGAAACGAAGUCAGAGGCAGACGAGGACAGCGACAAGGAAGGCGAGGAGGACCCAGGUGCGCUGCACAUCAACAGAGUCAACUUGAGGAGGGGUCCCAGAGAAAAUGAGAAGUCACGUUUGAGAGUCUGUGUGGAGGUCACACAUCCUGCACUCAAGCUUCCUGUUUAUCGAACCUGGACAGAGCCCAAUGAGGAAAUUUUAUCUUCUGCAUGAAAGGCCUGAUGUGUGCAAGAUUGCCUGUACUUCACACGUCCCAUAUACCUAAUAUAUAUCUCUAUAGUAAAUAUAAAGCUGUAGUCAUGUUUUUAGGAUAUCCAGCUGUCUUUGAUGUGAUCAACAAGUGCGGUUUUGCUUCCAACAUUUUUGGUCUUUUAUUUAUUACUUUAUAUUCUUAAACUUUCAUACAUUGCUUU